AUGGAAAUCCAUGGUCAAGAUCCAUGCCACUCUGAAGGCUCCAAUAUUUCGGCUGCAUCAGAACAAGCCCAUGUCAAAAAAUAUGCAGAUGAUGAUCAGCAGAAGAACGCAAAAAUGAAGGAAAAAAUUGAAGAAGGAUCUGAUUCAAAACCCGAGUUGACAUCCCGAGUUGAAUUGGAUCUCAAACUUGCUGCCAAUGAUGAGAUGAGUAACAAGAAUAAUGGUGCAGCAGCCUCCAAUCUUGAACUUAACCUGUUUAACUCGUUAAACUCAGUUUCUUCUCCGGCGAGUGAGUCAUCAAACGACGGCUCAAAAUGCCGUUUUCAGACGAAAACAUUCACAUGCAGCUUUUGCAAGAGGGAGUUUUCAACUUCUCAAGCACUGGGUGGCCACCAGAAUGCCCAUAAACAAGAGCGUGCACUGGCCAAACGCCGCCAUGGGGUGGUGGAGGAGGCGGCAGCUGCCACACCUUUUGGCCACUAUCCAGCCUAUUCAUACCACCCCUACACUUUCCCACAAGUUCCUUUUUAUGGCAGUUUUAACAGAUCAUCACUCGGGGUCCGACCAAAUUCCAUGAUCCACAAGCAAUCUUAUAAUCCAUAUGGCAUUCGUUUUGGCCAUGAGAAUAUUUCUAGGGCAUUUUUCAUGAACCCUAAUUUGAAGGGCUUGUCAUAUAAUCAAAUCAGUGGUCGAUUUGGUCAUGAAAAGUUUGAAGGAAGGGGUUCAAUUCUUGAUUUAGGGGAUAAACAUGUUGAUCUUGAUCAUCAUAAUUCAUCAACAAGCAAGGGGAAUGAAGACAAUAAUCAACGAUUGAGAUUGGGAAAUGUCAAUGGUGAUCAUCAAACUGAUGAUGAAUCUGGCCUCGAUUUGAAUCUUAAACUUUAA